CUUGCAGUGACGCUUUGCAUGUGAGUGUCAGAGGGAAAAGGCUGCUGAAACAGGAGCUGCUGAAUGCUUGGAGGUCGGCCACGGUCACCUGCACAGAUUCAGACGUCCAGGAUCCAGAGCGAGAACUCAAGGAGGACAAGAAGACGAAGGAGUCAGGACUGAGAGGGAGCAGGAGCCUGGUGCCGAGGCUGAGAAGAAGGCUGCCAGGCUGUCUGGGUGUGAGUGAGCACCCUCUAGUGGAGCUGCUGACCAGCUGUCCUGCAGAGUGUCUGUGUUUCUAACCAUCAGAGUUUUCAAGAGGUCUAUGGUCCAGCGUUGAGCAGAGACCAUGUGGUGUUUGGAGCUGCUCUUACCACUGCUGUUGAUCAUCAAUGAUGCCAGUUGUCAGUGGAACGUUUGGGUACCUCGGGACAUCUCGGCAAUGACGAACUCCUGCGUGGUCAUCCCGUGCACCUUCAUGUAUCCAUCCGGUAUCAGGCCGUACCGUGGCAUUCAUGGCAUCUGGUACUUUGGCCAGCCCUACCCUCAGCUCUUCCCCCCUGUUGUGUUCAAAUCAAGAACGGACGUCGUGCACGAGAGCUACAAAGGCCGCACGAAGCUGCUGGGCGACCUGCACCAGAGGAACUGCACUCUACUCAUUAACAACAUCGGCUCAGAGCACUCAGGGAGGUACUACUUUCGUGCUGACCUCGGCGGAGCCAACAUGUACACGUUUCCAGACUUCGCUGAGCUCAAAGUUCUUGAUCAACCCAGCAUUGACGUCCCAGAGGAGAUUGUCAGUGAUGAGAGUCUGGAGCUGACAUGCUACGCUCCUGACAACUGCCCUGACAUGACUCCUGAGAUCCAGUGGAUGUACACCGACUACCUGCCUGACCCUGAGUUCAGCUCUGACUACAUGGAGGAGAGCAACACAGCCGUCCUCUCCAGCACCCUCACCUUCACACCCAGACCCAUGCACAACGGCCAGCUCCUGGGCUGCAGGGUCUACUACCCAAACACCACACUGGUCUAUGAGAGGCUCGUCUCUCUGGACAUCAAGUACGCUCCACGCUCAGUGUGGGUGAAUGUAUCCUCAGAAGUGAUGGAGGGCAGCUCUGUGACGCUUCACUGUGAGGUGGACAGUAACCCUCCUCCUAGGAUCUCCUGGAUGUUUGGAGACCAGGAACUUCUGUGGGACACAGCAUCCAACAUCUCCCUCUCUCUAGACGAUGUGACGCCUGCACAGGAAGGAAUCUACACCUGCGUCGGGGACAACGGCUACGGCAUCAUGAACACUUCACUGUACCUCUCUGUCAAGUAUCCUCCACGUGAGCCCCAAGUUAAUGAGUCCAUGACGGUACAAGAGGGAACCACACUGGCUCUGCACUGCAGCACCCAGGGCAGCCCGGCUCCCACCCUCACCUGGCUGAAGGAUGGAGAACUGGUGGGCACCAUCACUGCCGACGAGCUCUCUGUGUUGGAGAUCGUGGAAAUCACACCGCAGGGAGAUGGACAGUACCGCUGCCUGGCUGAGAACGAGCAUGGAAGAGCCAGCAGCUCCCUCAACAUCACUGUAGAGUAUGCCCCGGUGCUUCUUGAGGAGUCAAAGUGCACAGUUGUCAGGGAGGGAGUCCAGUGUGUGUGCAUGGCCACAGGAAACCCUGAACCCACCAUUGAGUUCUACCUGCCAGACCUGAAUAUCACAAUCAAUGAAACAGACGGCCGGUUCAACUUCUACACGCACACAGAUGGACACACCUCCACGGGCAUGAUCAAGCUUCGGGAGAAAGGCGAGCGGGUAGACAAUGGCGGCCCCGCCGUUAACGUCCACUGCAGCAUCUACAACAUGUACGGGAGAGAGAGCGUACUUCUGGAGCUUCAGCAGGAGAAAAAAUACAUGAUGGCAGUUAUUGUCGGCACUAUUGGAGGGGUUGCUGUCAUAGCCUUCAUCAUCGCAGCAGUGAGAUACGUUGGCCACAACAACAAGAAAGAGAAUGGCAACCCUAGGCAGGACGUGGUCCUGGAGAACCCAGCUUUGUACUACAGCGCAGUCAAGAAGGACAAACAAAAUCUGAGGAAGAAAGUGCUUAAGACAGAGCUGUUGGGCUCAAAGUUUAACUCCAUUCUAGAGGAGACUACGGGAGAAGACGGGGAUUAUCAGCCUGUGGGCUCUUUGGCAGGACUGGAGAGGCAAGAGUUGAAUUAUGCUGCUUUGGAGUUUAUCGGGGCCAGGCCCAGGGAGGGGGCCUCAGGGAGGGGGGAUGAUGGCAGCAACUACUCGGAAAUCAAAGCCAAAUGAAUCGCGAUCCUUCCCUGAUCCCUCGGCUAUUCGAGACGCAGUGGCAGUCCCAAAGCACCCUCUGCCCCAUGAACUGUUUAGUAACCACCUUCCUCUACUCUACGUCCCCUACAUAUGACGACUCCUGGUUUCUCAUUUCUUCAGAUUUGUCACAUAUAAUGUACCACGCCGGCACCUCCCCCUCAUGCUGCCCCCCCUUCACCCCAUGGGACACCCCUUCCCUUUCCUUCAUUUGGAAAAACUGGUACUCAUUUUGGUCAGUGAAUGACCCAUGGGACAAUGUAAUAGAAAUUCUUUCAAUUUCUAGUCUCAUUUGUAGUUCAUGGGCUCUUAAACAUGCAUUGUUAACCAGCGGCCAUGUUUUUGUUGCUUUGUUCAUGUUUUCCAUUGUGAUUGUUGAUGUAAUGGUCAAACGAUUGAUACAGCCUAUGAGUGUUCACAUCAGUUUCAGUUUUUGCUCUUCAUCUGUCCUUUCUGUCACUGUGUCUGCUGCAAGUCGAAGCGUCAGGGCAAGGAGUAACUGUGCUUUUUGUUCUGUUAUAUUUAUAGCGGGGUUUCCAUCCAGCAGUUUUUAUACACAUUUCAGUUUGCACUGAAAAAUAAUGUGCAAAUUUGAAAGAAAAGACCUGAAAUAUCACAAAAACUUUUCAUGCUUGGAGAUGUAGUAAAUUUGACAAAUUGAUAAAGGGAAAGUGCAACUUUUGGGCUGAAAAACACCACUCUGGACGUUUUUUUUAUUCAAAACACUCCAUUAUCACAGACAAAAUCCUACUUUGUGUUGUUGGUCUUUUCCCUACUUUCUACAGUUCUACAUAGAUGCUACUCUGUUAGCCAUUAGCUGAAAUAUUAAUUACCUCUGGUCCCCAAGAUCAGAAAUCAGCUAAACCAAACCUCUCCUUUCCAUAAUAUUGUCAUCUAUAAUGUGCUGCAAGUAUGUUAAAUAGUCGAGCUUUAGUGGAGGAUUUUAGACUAAAUAUGAUAGCUAAGCAAACAAGCUGCUAACUAGCUAACAGGCUAUGGUGGGUCAUCAGUUUUAUAUAAAAUAUAGCCAGAUGAACUAGUUUGAUAUAUAUAUAUAGCUUGAUUUAUCAGUUGAUAUGAAGUGCAGCUAGGUCUUAUAAACAGUUUAAAAUAUAUUCAUACAUUUAAGUAAAAAUUUUGAAAUCACAUUUAGCAAAAAAAAUUUAAAAAUUAAAAUGUUAGUUAACAUACAAACAAACAUUUAAAUGGCUAAUCGAAUUAGCGUUGUUUAGCUUAGCUUAGCUUGUUCAGGACAGGUCAAGUCAGGUUUGGGGGUAUAUACCAUUCCUCUGAGAGGGGUCUGGGUGCAUUUUGAUUCAAAUUUACUCAUAAACAAUGGCUGGGUGUUACAUUAUUAAACAACAGUAUUGCGAAUAUUGCAGAUGAAGCAACAUCUCAGAGAGGAAACAGGAAAAAAGGUCUGUUUUCUAAUCUGGGUUUGAAUAAUGUAUAGACACAUUUUAGAAGAAGUUACAUGAACAGUGGCUCACUUUAGCUUUAUUUGUUAGCUUUAGCUAAAGCUAAUAAACCUUCUCUAGCUACUUAGGUAAUGUCACUACCUAAGCCAAUAUAGCUAUGAUAGCUUGAACUAAAGCUAAUUAAGCUAAAGUUAGCCAACAUUUGCAAAAGUACUUCUAAAAUGGGUUACUAUUUAGCAAACAUAGUAGAAGCUAACAAGCUAACAUAGCUUUGUUUGCUUUAGAUGUUGCUACUUCAUUACCUACUUGGCGAAUAUAGCUUUGUUAGCUUUAGUCUGAGCUACAUUAGCUGCAUUUGAGAGUCUUCUUGGACUUCUUUGAAAAUUUUCUAAUGAGAUUUUGUUUGCAAGGUUUUUGACUUUUAACUUUUCAAAAGCCUAACCCUUAUCUCAGCCCUUACCUUGACCCGACCCCUACCAGAGGUUUAAUCUGAUUGCAUUUUGAAAGCUUUAGCAAGUAUUUCUGUUCUGAUGUGGUCUGCCACCAUAGUGAUCUGCAAAGAGGUGGGGCGUCUGAUAGCUGUGGCCUACAGUCAGGCUGUCUUUGAUUCCCCCAGCUAUCUGGAAAAAGGGGCAUGGACCUGGGGCUAUCUGGAGGUAUUUGAUAGUCCUUCUGGAGAGAAGUCACGCUGGAUGCAUCGACCUUUUUGGCGGUUCAUGUGUCUCAUAAUAAAAUCUUUCUCAGAAUAUGCAACAUUCCUAGCAGGCCAACUUCUUCAAUUAUUUAUUGACAUGCAGUUUUAGGUCUGUUUUUGUCUUUGUAAUUCUCCAAACACAUAUUCCAUAUUUCUCUCACUCUUCACUGCAGUGUUUUAUAAUUUUUCAGGACUAGCACCACCCACUGCUACCUGUUGACCUCUAUUACUGGCAUAACUGUGGUGGAUUGAAACGCACAAAGUCGCAUUUUAUUUUUAUCAAAUUUUUACAAAUUCUUGAAAGUUUUGUGGUACAUUUGGAUGGAAAUCCCACUUGUGUUUGUUUGUCCACUGAGAGUGAACGUCUGCUCCCUUUCUUUUUGGUUAAUUUCCAGAAAAGUUAACCAACUGAGGCAAGGGAUGAAAGCCAUCUCUGCAUCUUGUUUCCAAAUAAUUAUGUUUAAUGUUUGCUGUGACCUUGUAGCCACUCAUAAUAAAUGGUAAAAAAAAAAAAAAUCCAACAUCACUUUUUAUAAUUGAGGAGGUUUUGUAAAUUCAUUUGGUACCCUGCUCAGUGUUUAAAAAACGUCAUAGCUUCUUUCCAGCCUUUUCCACUUAGCUGCAGAAUGUGUCGAGAUUUUUCGGGGGGGAUUUUCUGCACUGUGGCCAAACGCAAAAUGUCUCACUCCCUCCUCUGUAGAGCAGGGGUUCUAGUUUUUUAAAUGGCCUGGAAAAUGCAGACGUGAAGAACAACAUAUUUGCAAGUGAGUGGCCAAGGUGCAACUCUUUUUGACAAUGUGUGUGAGUGUUUGUGUGUUCAAAUCGUGCUGAAAGAUUCAUAGGACACUGAUCACUGGGGUCUUUGGGAAGCUUGAGCAGCACUUCACUGGAGGAGUUGAUGCUUUUUUCUCACAGGAUUGCAUCACGUUUGAAUGACGAAGAGCGAUGCUGACCAGCCAGUUGGUUGUGCCUCUCAAAGACAUUUGAUCAACCUGAGAUGUAAUAUCAAAAAAGACUAAUAUUCUAACUUUAUAAUAAUUUUAUCAAUAAUAUUUAUUUAAAAAGAUGUAUAUUGAUAGGGGAAAGGUUGCCAGUAUGUAGAGUAAACACCCUGCAUGACUGUUUUGACAGCAGGCAUCAAUAGAAGUUAUAAAUCAUGGAUAAAAGCCAUGAAAUCAAAAGUCUCGUCCACUCUUGAUCAGAUAUUUCAGACUGAACUCUGUCUUAAUAUGAGCUUAAUGAAUAACAUCCACACUUAAACUAGUAUGCAUAAUAGCUUGAGUCAGAUCAAAGGCUUGAGUUACAUGCAAGUAGAAGGAGAAAUUGUAUUUUAAUCCAUCUUUAUUGAUAAUAUUUUGGACCAAAUUCCAGCAGUUUUAGUUUAACACCUCUGUUAAAAUGACUAUAUAACACUUAUUUUCAAUUUAUCUAUUCACUCUGUUGAACCUCUUCUGCAGUUUUGUAUCAUUUACAAUUAAAUUCAUUCUUUUAAAUGUCACCCUUAAUUCAGCCUUUGGGUGAUUUUAGCACUGUCUCUUUAAGUGAGAGGGGUCAUGCUGCAGACUGUUCCUCUCUGAAGGCUACUCUCACAGAUGGUUCAUGUGAAACACCAUAUAUAUCAGAAAGGGUGCGUCAUAAUUUGCUGUAAUAGUUACACGAACAGUGCCUUGCUUUAGUUUCAUUGGCUUUAGCUAAAGCUAACAUAGCUUUGCUAGCAGCUUAUGUUUCUACAUAAGCCAAUGUAGCUAAGCUAGCUUUUGCAAUGUCAGCUUUGGCAAAUGUAGCUUUGUAUCUAUUAAGAUAACAUGUCUACAAAACUUAAAUAGCUGCUUUUGGAGCUAAGCUUUAGCUAUAUAACCCCAUUAUCUAUAGCUAAGUUAUCUGAAGCAGUGUGAGCUUUAGGAAACAUAGUUAAAGGUUUUUUUUCUGCCUUUAUUGGUUGAUGAGGACAGUGGAUAGAUUUAGAAACAGAGAUGAGAGAGAGACAUGCAGGAAAGGAGCCACAGGCCAGAACCUCAAGACCACCUGCACCCCUGGCAAUCAUAGUCAAAGCUAUCUUAGCUAUUUAGAUAUGAAGCUUUUGUGGCUCCUUCGUGAGCUUAGCUUUAGCUACUUAGCUAGGUUAGCUAGAUACCUACUUUGGCCAUAUUGCUCAAUUAUCUGUGUAGCUUACAAAGCAAACAGAGCUAUGUCAGCUGGAGGACAAGCUUUUUAACUAUGAGCAGACAGAAAUUUAUUUUGAUUUUAAUUUUGAAAAUUUUGGCUUGUAUUUCCUCUCUCAGAUACACGGCGUCUCAGAUAAACAGUCUGUGAGAGUGGCUGUCAGAGAUUAACAUUCUGCAGCCAGACUGUCUUGGCUUUAGGUCUCCCCUUCUUACAGGCUGGCUUUUUUUUCUGAUUGGCCGCUCUCCAGAACCCAGGAAACAUUGGCUAUACCCAAAACAGCACACAUACUGCAAUACUAAGAUUAAUGUGAGAUUUAUUAUAAAUUAUGUUCCAGUUUUAUAGUGUGCAAUUUUUUGUAUAUGAGAAGUCCCUGCAUGCACACUAGAUCCCUGCAUUAGUCUAUUUCUUCUGCUGUCUGGUGUUAGGUCAGAGUGGCAGCAGGCUAAGCAACUCGGCCCAGACAUCCCUCCCCCAAACAACAUUUUCCAGCUCCUCUUUGAGGAUUCAGAGUCAAUACCUGGCCAGGUGGGAUAUGUAAUUCCUCCGGUAAGUUCGGUGUCUCCUCUGGAGUGUCCUUCUAGUUGGACAUGCCAGGAAACCUCCAGAAGGUGGCGACCAGGAGUCCUAACCUCCAUUAGUGCCAGUCAUAUUUUUCAUUUUCAUUUCAAACACAGCACUCAACCCUCUUUAGAACUAUUUGGAUCUAAGUGGUUUUACACUAAGAAUUCAGAGCAUGACUGUCUUUUUGGUUAAUUCUAAUUUGGUUAUUACUGACUUCUCUUCUCAAUCCUGUGUGCCUUCUGUGUUUGCACACUGCCCUGCAGUCUUAUGCCCUUAUAUGGGCAUUAAAAGGGCGUAUCUCUAUGCUGAAAAGGAAAAGUGUGGGUAAGCUCUAGCUUUUGAGCACAUGGCAUUCAUCAGUUGGCUAGCACAGGAGCAAAACAUUCAGCAGUUUAAGAAUAUGGCCUUAAGCAACUUUCUUAAGAACAAAUGUAAGAACAUUCUGUAAAUGAGGCCCAUUUUUUCAAAGUUAUAACUGUAUAUAUAUUUGAAUUUAACCAUAGAAAAUUCAAAAUGUCUAAUGCUUUUCUAUGGAGGCCUAUGAGCCGGAUCCCAAAGUACAUUGUGUGAUUACAAGAAAUAGGAUUGGCCUGCAGUGUUGGAAGAGAGCUAAACAAUAAGUAAAUCCUUCCAACAACUUCACAGGAUACAUAGAUAUCUUAAGAAUAACCCUCCUUAAAAAACAACCAUAACAGUGAAUUUGAGACAUGAACUCCUUCUAGAAACAUCAAUAAUUAUUAAAAAAAGGCAUCUUUUCAAAAGGUUUAAGUUUAUUUGUGUGUUGUGUAACAGCCAUAACCUUUAGGGUCUGUUUUCUUCGAAUGAGUGAUUGUUUGUAUCAAAUGUGAGAAAAGAGAGGCUGCCAUGUUGGUGGUAAUGCACAACAUGGUCUUGCAUCGUCACAUUUCUUUUACCAGCACUGCCAAUGUUUGUCACACAACAGUAACUGUUAUAACAGAUGAGUUGCUGAACGUUUAUCCUCGAUAAACACCUUUUAACUUUUAAUUUCCAAACUUUGUAAGAAGUAACUCCUUUGCAUUUCCUGCCUCAAGUAAAAUUUGAAAUAUUAAAACGAAUCUUUUGAACUGCAGACAAAUGAGCCGACAUUGUGUUUGAUUAACUGAAAGUUAAAAAUUUCUAUUCAAGGUUUUCUUGUAGAAAACACUCAGAAAAUCCCAGGUAUCAAGACUGUUACAAUGUUGUUAGUUUUCUGUGCAUGUAUAAAAAGGUCCGCCUUGUGUUAAGACAUUGUUCUGUUAACUAAAUAAUGGAUGUAUUGGAUGGCAUUCCUACAUUUUCUGUACACUCAAGGGCAAUAACAAGUUCCUGUCUUUGAACAUCUCACGAUGGGGUUUCAUUUUUACAGAGUAGAAAUAUGAAAUAUGUCUGACUUAAUAUUUGUGUUGUAAAGCAAACUGUAUGUCCUAUACUUUGUGGUGAUCAUAAUUAUCAUUAUGGAGAGUUUUUUUUUUAUUAAUUGACACAGUAAUUCAGAACAGGGUUUUGCAAUCUCUGCAAAUAGCACUGUUAUUUAAUGGAAUUAGGACUUCUGCAAUGAUGUAGUUUGCUUCUCUUUUUUAUUUUACACAUGCCGCAAGCAACUUCAUCUGUCUUCAGUUUCAUGCAAACAUAAAUAAAA